GAGUGAACGAUUCAUUGGCGGACCGGACAUCGCUAUAUUGCUCGGGUGGUCUGCUCUGCCGGUAUAUCCUAUAGGUCACUGCACUCGUGAAAUCAUUCAUUAACGCGACUAGCUGCAGAAGCAAUGGCACAAGCGAAAAUUAACGCUAAAAUGAACGAUGCGUCUAAAGGCAAAUUCACCCGAACCCUUUCGAUGGCGGACCGGUCCGGACGGUUACUGGAAAGUCUGGAUCAGAUUGAGAUGAGGGUGGAGGCUCUUCGCGAGGAAGCCACUGCUAUGGAGCAGGAGAGAGAGUGCUUAAUUGAGAUGAUCCAAUCCAUACAGCACAGUCAGGAAAUGAGGAGCAUUUGUGACGGGGAAAGGGAAGAGCUCACGCUGACCGCCUCUAGACUCCUGGGCAGGACGUUAACCGUGAACGUUUCUGUGGAUACGAUCCGGAACGACCAACAGGAAGAGGCCUUGAAAAAAGCCAUGGCCAUUAUUGAUGAGAUCGCUGGUAAAGUGCUGGAGGACAUGGAGGGGGCCAGAAAGUGUCUGCAGGCCCUUCAUGCCGCGUGUGUGACCGACGCGCCACCUGUGCCUGUGGAUCAGAAGUUUCAGAGUGUCGUGAUCAGCUGCGCCCUUGAGGACCAGAAGAAGAUCAAGAGGCGCCUUGAGACCCUCAUCAGGAACAUGGACAAUGCAGAGAAAACCAUUAAAAUUAUGGAUAACCCGAAAGUGGAUCAUUCCAGUUUUGCCAAUGGCAAAUAGAGGCUGAGGGACUGAUGAACGAGCACCACAUGUGCCUUUGGUAGCAUUUAGGAUGACACACACACACACACACACACACACAGAGCAAGCAGAGGUGGUGUGAAUUUUAUUUAUUUUAUUUUAUUUUUUGCAGAUUUUAUUACCACUGACGGCAUCUUGGUCUUAUGCAUUUUUAUUUUUUUGUUUUCAUUUCUGUUUUUCACUUACAGAAAAAGCUAUGCCAUUCAUAAACCUUUAAAUGGUAUUGACCACUGACAGUUUUUCCUUUUGAUUUUGAUCUAACUAAUGUAAAGCAAUGCAAAAUCACUGUAAUUCUGUUGGGAUCUACUAACAUUCCCGCUGGAAGCCUCAUGAAUAUGAUGUUACUGGCUUGUGAUUGUUUAUUUUUAGAGCAGCUGCACAUGGUUUUCUCGCUUGCUCUGUACAUUCUAAUGAGAACGUUUGGCUCUCAGCUUGCUGGGAAUUUCACAUUCGGCCGUCAGGUUAGUCUCUACACUGAAGAACAGCACAGACCCGUGCAGCUGGAGAAAACAGAGCAAACACAAACUGCCUUAGAUGAUAGCUGAGUUUGGAUUUGUAAUCACUUUUUGAAUGGCUCUUAAAAUACAUAUCUUUUAAUACAUUUAACCAGGGUUUACACAUUUUCAGAUGAUUGGGAUUAUUAAAAAUAAAGACAGACAGAUUAGGUCACUUCUUCUGUCAUUAAUGAUUUUAAAGCCAGUAAUAAGGGCAAAAUAGGGUAGGUGUACCCAUUAAAGGAGAAGUCCACUUCCAGAACAAGAGUUUACAUAUAAUGUGCUCACCCCCUUGUCAUCCAAGAUGUUCAUGUCUUUCUUUCUUCAGUCAUAAAGGAAUUAUGUUUUUUGAGGAAAACAUUUCAGCAUUUUUCUCCAUAUAAUGGACUGAUAUGGUGCCCCGAGUUUGAACUUCCAAAAUGCAGUUUAAAUGCAGCUUCAGACGAUCCCAAAUGCGGUUGUAAACGAUCCCAGCCGAGGAAGAAGGGUCUUAUCUAAUCUAAUACAAUUGAUAUACUUUUAAUGUCAAAUGCUCGUCUUGUCUUGCUCUUCCCGACCUCUGUUUUUGUUCUGGUUCAUGAGAGUUAGGGUAUGUCGAAAAUCUCAUGUUCUCCCUCAACUUCAAAAGUAAAUGAGUAAAUGAUCUGUAAAUUGUUGUUCUGGAAGUGGACUUCUCCUUUAAGCCCUCCAAAAUCUAAGUUUAAGUGUUUUUCAUAGAUACUGACAUGGUUUAAAAGAAAAAUCUAUUUCAAAAGAGAGUGAAAUCUUGCAUUUUACCAAAUGUAUUAAUUAGUUGAUGGACACUAUAAAAAAAAUAUAAAAUUAAGAUAUUUUAUGAAUAAAGUCAACAGUCUGGCAUGGGCUUAGAUGGUACAUUGGCACCAUUUAAGCCUGCAUGUGUUUCAAAUAAGCCCACAUCAUGAUUUGGUUAUUAUUAGUUAGUUAGUUAUUAUUGAUUUUAAAGAAGUAAAACAUCAA